AUGUCGUCCAGUGUUAUGAAAGGGCUCUUUUCGCAGCCUGUUGGUCGAGUUCCGCUUGUCAGUAGCAUGAGAACAAGAUACGAUGCGCCCCCGAUACGACACUUCUUGGCUAGCUUUGUGAAGCGAGAGUCUGUUAACUUCACCGGCACCUCUGCUUCAGAGACUAAUGAUGGCACCAAGUACGCCAUACCCACAGCUGGUAUUAUUGAGACAACGAAGACAGCUACAUCUUCUUCCUACUCGAUAUCAACGGACACAGCUGGCUGCGGCCCGACAGGUGGAUACAACGACAUGCUGGCUCUCAUAGCAGUGUUCGCAGCGUGUGACCACUUCGAGCAUCGUUCUACCGUGCGAAGCACAUGGGGUAGCGCCUUGACCACAAUGCCUGGCCUCAAAGUGGUUUUUAUGCUCGGCAAACCUGGAAACGACACCGUUCAGGAGCGCAUCGCUCAGGAGAACGCAUUGCACGAGGACAUUGUGCAGGGCACCUUCGUCGACACUUACAAAAACCUUACCUUGAAGUCUCUGAUGAUGCUGCGCUGGGCCGCAAGCUUCUGUCCGAAUGCCAAGUUCGUGCUCAAGAUUGACGACGACGUGUUGCUCAAUGUCUGGGACUUUGCCGCCACCCUUAAACGUCUGGCUGCCGUCAAACUACGGCGAACCAUAUGGGGAAGGGUGUGGACACAGUCGAGACCAUCGCGUAAAACGAAGGGACGUUACGGCAAGUGGUACGUCCCAAAGUCGAUAUUUCCAAACGCGACGUAUCCGGACUACGUCAAUGGGCCCGCUUAUCUUAUCUCGGGCGACUCUGUGCCGCUUUUGCUUCGCAGCGUGAGUGUCGUGCCGUACUUCUUCAUCGAAGAUGUCUACAUCACGGGUCUCCUGGCCGACAAGGCUGGUGUUCGUCGUGUGAAUGACAACGGGUUUGCACCCGAGCGUAAGCAUGACAUCCACCCCUGCGGAAGACCAAGGGUCGUUACGAGCCACAAGUGGAAUCCGCAAAGUCUGCGCCUUGCGUGGAGAAAGAUGGUUGGCAGAAUCGACAGGCAACGGUGCAUGUCCUUGGGGCUAAAGGCUUGGUUGGAAGGUAUUGACUCACUGUGA